CUCUCUGCUCUGUCCAUAUGUCAAAGUCUUUGUGUUCCUGGAGCCGCGAGGCGACCGAAGGGAAAAACAGCUGGACGCGCCGCUGCCCUCCAGCCCCGCACACCGGCUCUCUCCUCCGGCUGCCCACCCUCACCUAGACACGCAGGUCGCGAGGCCGAUGAUGCGGCGUAAAGAUGGAGGCUCCUGAGUACCUGGACCUGGACGAGAUCGACUUCUCCGACGAUUCAGCGUACUCUGUCACGUCUCUGAAGAACAUCCCAGAACUGUCCAGAAGGAGCGAUGGUCCGGCCGAGGAGAGACCAGCUCCGGCCAUCACCUGGAGCCGAGGAGGCUCCGCCCACGGCGGCGGAGGAGGAGUCAAACCGGCGGGACUCGCCGAGGUCCACAGUAAGUUCCGUCCGGUGAAGCGGGUCUCGCCCCUCAAGCACCAGCCGGAGGCCACAGACUCCGACUCCGACGGCAAGGCCCAGAACCGGGGACCGGGUCCGGGCGAGCAGAACGAGGCCGGGAAGGAAGAUGGCGGCGGCUCCGAGAAGCAGAGCGGCGCCUCCACGUCGUCGGAGGCGCCCGGAGGGAAGGCGAAGGGCGGCGGGAGCAACCCUCAGGUUCUGUUCGGGGAGCUGGAGCACUACGACCUGGACAUGGACGAGAUCCUGGACGUGCCGUACAUCAAGUCCAGUCAGCAGAUGUCCACGCUGCCCCGCGUCCCCCACGACCGGCGCCCGCCACCCGGAGGAGGAACCCUGGAGAGGAGCCGAGGAGGAGGCCCGAGGAGCGCCGCGCUGUCCCACAACGAGCCUCUGGUUCUGGGCGGCAGCUCGCAGACGCCGUACUGUGUUCUGUCCCCGGUGAAGUGGUCCGACCUGAGGAAGUCCAAGUCCAUGGAUCCAGACCUCCACCACCUGCACCGCUCCCCGGGGGGCGGGGCUUACCAGCCGGAGCCCCCCUCCUCGGGCCUCCUCAGCUGCUCCUCCUCCCUCUCCUCCUUCUCUGACGCAGACAAGCUGCUGUCGGCCCGCGUCUUCCCGGACUCCCAGAGCCAGCGUUUGGGGGCGGAGCCUCCGGGGGGGCUGGCGUUCCCCCUGGCGACGUGCGGCGUGGGCAAACAGGACGCCUCCAAGGCCUGGGCCGCCGCGGCCGGAGGCGCCGGCCUGAGGGGGUUUGGGGGAGCGGGCGGGGAGGUGGACGAGGAGGCGAAGAAGAACCAGAACAUCAUCAACAUCGUCAGAGAGGGACAGAUCUCGCUGCUGCCUCACCUGGCCGCCGACAACCUGGAGCUGAUCCGCGACGACGACGGGAACAACCUGCUGCACGUGGCCGCCUCCCAGGGCCACGCCGACUGCCUGCAGCACCUCACCUCCCUGAUGGGCGAGGACGGCCUCAACGAGCGCAACGCCCAGCAGCUCACCCCCGCCGGCCUAGGGGUCAAGAACGGCCACCUGGAGUGUGUGAGGUGGAUGGUGAGCGAGACGGAGGCCAUAGCCGAGCUGAGCUGCACCAGAGAGCAUCCCAGUUUGAUCCAUUAUGCCGCUCGCUACGGACAGGAGAAGGUCCUGCUGUGGCUGCUUCAGUUCAUGCAGGAACAGGCCAUCUCCCUGGACGAGGUGGACCAGAACGGAAACACGGCCGUCCACGUGGCGGCUCACUACGGCCACCUCACCUGCAUACAGACUCUGGUGGAGUACGGCUCCAACGUGACCAUCCAGAACCAGCAGGGGGAGCGGCCGUCCCAGAGUGCCGAGCGGCAGGGCCACACCACCUGCGCCCGCUACCUGGUGGUGGUGGAGACCUGCAUGUCGCUGGCCUCGCAGGUCGUUAAGCUCACCAAGCAGCUCAACGAGCAGGCGGCAGAGAGGAUCGCCCUGCAGAAACAUCUGCAGAGACUGAUGGACCCCAACAAGGCGGAGGGGACGCCGUCCAGAUCACCCAGUUCCCAUCAGCCCUUGGGGGAGGCGUGUCCAGAGAUGCUGCUGACGGCGGAGGGGACUCCUGGAGACGGACACUGGCUGGUGCGUCAGGGAGGCGUCGGUCCCGACUCGGUGCUGCGGCAGCUUCUGGGGAAAGACGCGUCCGACGGCGUCUGCCCCAGACUUCAGCCUGGGGCCGGCCUGAGCAGAGACGGCCCCGGGGCCCCCGGGGGCCACAGGACAGGCCUGCUGGAGCGCAGAGAGCUCAAGCUGGCCAGACUCAAACAGAUCAUGCAGCGCUCCCUGAGCGAGUCCGACUCGGAGACGUAUCCCCCGGAGGACGGGAAGCAUCAAGGCGCCCCGCGACCCGACAGGCCGUCCCACCUGCCGAUCGCAGAAGAAGAACCGCCGUCCAACCACCUCCACCAGGUGGCGAGGAAGCAGCCGCCCGCCUCCGCCGCUGAGCGGAAGCUGACCUUCGCCCUCAGCGGGUCGAAGUCCGUGGACAGCAUCGGGUACAACCCGUCGCCCACGUCCAGCGACCCCGACGCCGCCGACGGCAAGACGCCAGAGACCCCCGCCGACGGCCAGAAAGCCGCCACCAGCCCCAAGAGCGCCCUGAAGUCCCCGUCGUCGCGCAGGAAGACCUCGCAGAACCUCAAACUGAGGGUGACCUUCGACGAGCAGGUCCACAGGAGCUCCACCCAGGAGCCGGAGACCAGCAAAGGGCCUCAGGGGAAGGAGAGGACUCCGGCGGGGGCCGCAGAGAGCAAGAGGCCCUUCGGCACGUUCCGCUCCAUCAUGGAGACGCUGAGCGGAAACUCCAACCACAGCAACAACAACACCAGCAGCCAGACUGGCUCCGCCAAUCAGAACUCGCCUGGCAGGAGGUCCGACAGUAAGGCGGGCGCCGGGGGCGGAGCCAGAGGAAAGAGCAGAGUCAGCAACGUCUGAGCAGGAAGUGGCUGCAGGGAGGCAGAGAACAUGAGAACCGUUCUGGUAGCUUUAACGUCCAACAUAAGAUAAGAUCUCACACUGGAGAAAUUCACUAACCUGACUCCGCCAGAUAGAUUUGCUCCGCAUAUCCAUCUGGAAACCUUCCGUUGAAGCAGGGGCGGUUCUAG